UUUAUCACCAAAGAAGAUCGUAUAAUCUACAAAACUAGAAACAACGGAGGCCCCAACCGGACGAGUUACGUAUCCCAAGAGGUGGGCCGCUCUGGACUUCAUCAGGAAUGGCUUGUGGUCCUUGUGGCGAAAGGCGUCGUAGCUCAUGAAGAAAAUCUUGAGCCGGAGAAAUAGCUCAGACGGUGCCCCCGCAAACUUUCCCGUCACUGAAACCGGGAACCUACACAAUAAUAUAGUGAAACGGUUGAUGGAGGACAGGAAGAAGGACAUCAUGGAGAUUCAGGCACUUGCCAGUCAUAACAUGAUCGGCGUCUCAAGCAAGCUGGUACCUGGCAAAGGGAGAAAGAGGCUGGAGAAACUGAAAAAGUAAUUGCUUCUUCAGCUUUAGCACAACAACAGGAAAUUCAACUAAUACGUCCCGAAGUUCAAUCUGCUUGAGCUGUAGGGAGAGGUCUAGCAGAUAAUGAAGUUACACUUGAAGAAAAUGAUUCUUAGGAUGGCUAAGCUAAGUAAGACGAGGAAACAACUCCUGCAGUCUCUACAUACCCUUUCAUCUUUGGGGCGUGACGUCUGCAUCGUGGCUUCUCAGUAGCAGUGGGGAAACGAAAAGGACGGCAAUCAAUCCAAGAAUAUCCCACCUAGAGAAAUGUAUAACAAGGCUAAGUUUGAACGUGACAAUGCCAUUAAUCAAUACCUUUAGAUUUUAGAUUUGUGUAUCAAAGCCCAAGCUGAAGCUUAGUAUAGCAAGGGCGAUAAAGUGGUUUGCGUUGAUGUAAGCUUGCGUGAAUAAGCAUGUCAGAAUUUCAACAAAGCGUAUGAAGGGUGGGUCAAAUUCAUGAAUCGCUCAUCUGUGUUUGUGGAUGAUUUCAUAAUCGCCGAUGAGCAGCAUUGCAUAGAUAAAGCUAGAUUCUUGGUGUACCGGAAAGAGUAUAGCUUGGCGGCUGUAUGCUAUCAUUAAUAUAUAAGAACACUGGAAGGUGGCAUGCCUGACAAAGAAAAUCAUUUAGUAUAGGAGUAUAAGCGGGCCAGGGAAAAAUAUUACCGGCACAAGUUCAUUUACUAUAAUAGUUGCCUCAACUAUUCCAAUUUUAUACGGUGGGCUCAGACUGAAUAUGCUGUUGCAAAAAACAUGUAUUUGGAUGCCCUAGUUGCCUACAAAAAAGUCAAAGAAAAGUACGAUAAUGCCAAAGUUCUUAAUAAAUAAGUAGAGAAAAAACAGAUGUACCUUAUGGCAAAAGUUGACUUGCUAAAGGUUAAAUAUGAGUACUCCAAAUCUAAAGAUAGACUACUCUAUGUACAUAGCAAAUCCUAGCCCAGAAAAGAGCAUCUCUACCACAGAAGAACCUUGCCCGAAGAUGAGCAACUGUAAUAUGACGAACUCUGUGCCAACUUUGGGAAAGAGUUCCUUGUGGAACAAAAAGACGAGCAGCUUUAUUUCGAGGAGCCCUUGCCCGAAGGUGAGCCGCUUUAUUUCGAGGAGCCCUUGCCCGAAGGUGAGCCGCUUUAUUUCGAGGAGCCCUUGCCCGAAGGUGAGCCGCUUUAUUUCGAGGAGCCCUUGCCCGAAGGUGAGCCGCUUUAUUUCGAGGAGCCCUUGGCCGAAGGGGAGCCGCUUUAUUUCGAGGAGCCCUUGGCCGAAGGGGAGCCGCUUUAUUUCGAGGAGCCCUUGCCCGAAGGUGAGCCGCUUUAUUUCGAGGAGCCCUUGCCCGAAGGGGAGCCGCUUUAUUUCGAGGAGCCCUUGUCUGAAGGUGAGGAACUAACUUCCGAGAAAUCCUCCGAGAAUGGGCAUCUAAUCAGGUAAGAGUGAUACUGCCAAAUGACCUCCCGGAUAUGUUUAUAUGAAUAUGAGUGCUUUAACGGCGUAUGACCUAAUGGCCUCCGAAGCCAGCGACCGGCAAGGAGUAUCUGCAGGAAUCCCGCGCCCCGCCAUUCGCCUUGUGGUCCCGAGUUCAAUUCCCCAUCGCGGCGGUCGUAAAAAUGCCUGCGUUCUGACUGCUUGCUCACGCAAGAGAAAACGACAUUUCGCCUUGAGAAGUCAGACGCAGG